ACAAAUGCUUGACAUUAUCGGAUCUCUCCCUCCCGCUUAAACCCUCUCAAAACCCCCCAUUUUCAAUCACCAUUUUUUCUCUCUCCAAAAAAUGUCAAAACCCAUUUCCCCCACCUCAAUUUGAACCUCUGUUUGCUGAAAUUCCCCCAAAAUUUCACCCAAUCCUUCAAUUUUCUUGUAAAAAUGGCUGCCACAAACUUUUCUCUCCUCCAAAUUUCAGAUUUCUGCUUCAAAUUGAGCUCAAACCCUCAAAUUUCCACCAUCUCUAUCAACUUCAAGUGUCCGUGUCGCCACCAAUGUCGAAAAGUCCGGCUUUUAGUCUGUAAUGCUGUUUACACUGAAGGGGGUUCCCGGACAAAAUCAUCCCUAGGGAAGGAGAAGGUUUCUGACUCGGAAUUCGAACCGAUUUCGGCCUUAAACGAGAGGAUAAGGAGGGAUCAUGGUACUCGGGACGCUGCGAAACCGGGUUUGGAUUCUAAGGAGGCUGAGAAGUAUAUUCAGCUUGUGAAGCAGCAGCAGCAAAGAGGGUUGGAGAAGCUGAAAGGAAGAAGUAAGGAGGAAAGUGGUGGGGUGAUUAGCUAUAGAGUGGACCCUUAUACUCUAAAGUCUGGGGAUUAUGUGGUUCAUAAGAAAGUGGGUAUUGGGAGAUUUGUGGGGAUUAAAUUUGAUUUGCCAAAAGAUGGUACAGAACCUAUUGAGUAUGUGUUUAUUGAGUAUGGAGAUGGUAUGGCUAAGCUUCCUGUUAAGCAGGCGUCGCGAAUGCUCUACCGAUAUAAUCUUCCAAAUGAACCAAAAAAACCACGAACACUUAGUAAGAUAAAUGACAAAAGUGCAUGGGAAAAAAGGAGAACCAAAGGAAAGGUUGCUGUCCAGAAAAUGGUAGUUGACUUGAUGGAAUUAUAUUUACAUAGGCUUAAGCAGAAAAGGCCUCCGUAUCCGAAAUGUCUGGCAAUGGCUGAGUUUACUACUCAGUUUCUUUAUGAGCCCACACCAGAUCAGAAACAGGCUUUUAUUGAUGUAGAGAAGGAUUUGACAGAGAGAGAAACACCAAUGGACAGAUUGAUAUGUGGAGAUGUUGGAUUUGGCAAGACUGAAGUUGCAUUACGUGCGGUCUUUUGUGUUGUUUCAGCAGGAAAGCAGGCAAUGAUUCUAGCACCAACUAUUGUGUUAGCCAAGCAGCAUUUUGAUGUUAUUUCACAGCGUUUUUCCAUGUAUCCCAAUAUCAAGGUUGGACUUCUGAGCAGGUUUCAGACCAAAGGAGAGAAAGAGGAAUACUUGCGCCAAAUAAAAAAAGGUGAACUGGACAUUAUUGUGGGAACUCAUUCACUUCUUGGAAAUCGCGUUGUUUAUAAUAAUCUGGGCCUCCUUGUAGUUGACGAGGAACAGAGAUUUGGAGUCAAGCAGAAGGAGAAGAUUGCUUCCUUCAAAACUUCAGUUGAUGUCCUUACACUUUCGGCGACACCAAUACCGCGGACUCUCUAUCUAGCUUUGACAGGAUUUCGUGAUGCUAGUUUAAUCUCAACACCUCCUCCAGAAAGAGUCCCAAUAAAGACACAGCUUUCAGCAUUCAGUAAAGAAAACGUAGUAUCAGCAAUCAAAUAUGAGCUGGACAGAGGUGGCCAAGUCUUCUAUGUUCUUCCUCGUAUAAAAGGACUUGAGGAAGUAAUGGGUUUUCUUGAACCAUCGUUUCCGGAUGUUGAAAUAGCCAUUGCUCAUGGAAAGCAAUACUCGAAACAGCUUGAAGAAACAAUGGAAAACUUUUCCCUGGGAAAAACUAAAAUUCUUAUAUGUACAAAUAUAGUGGAAAGUGGAUUGGACAUUCAAAAUGCAAACACUAUCAUUAUUCAGGAUGUUCAGCAAUUUGGACUUGCACAGCUAUAUCAGCUGCGAGGCAGGGUGGGGAGAGCAGAUAAGGAAGCUUACGCGUAUCUGUUUUACCCAGAUAAAUCUCUGCUGUCUGAUCAAGCGCUGGAGAGACUUUCAGCCCUUGAAGAGUGUCGUGAACUUGGCCAAGGCUUUCAGCUUGCUGAAAGAGACAUGGGGAUCAGAGGUUUUGGUAAUAUAUUUGGUGAGCAGCAAACAGGUGAUGUAGGAAAUGUGGGCAUUGAUCUCUUUUUCGAGAUGCUUUUUGAGAGCUUGUCCAAGGUUGAAGAACACCGUAUUAAAUCUAUUCCUUUCCAAGAAGUCCAGCUUGAUAUAAAUAUAAAUCCUCAUCUCUCAUCCGAGUACAUUAAUUAUCUAGAGAAUCCUAUGGAAUUAAUCAAUGAUGCUGAGAAGGCAGCAGAGAAGGAUAUCUUAAGUUUAGUUCAAUUUACAGAGGAUCUGCGGCGACAAUAUGGAAAAGAGCCCAACUCAAUGGAGAUCCUAUUAAAGAAACUUUAUGUGAAAAGAAUGGCUGCAGACCUUGGUAUUAACCGAAUAUAUGUCAUUGGAAGGAUGGUUGGCAUGGAAACAAACAUGACUAAAAAUGUUUUCAGAAUGAUCAAGGACUCCAUGGCUUCUGAUGUUCUGCGUAGUUCACUGAUAUAUGAUGAUGGACAAAUAAAGACUGAACUACUUCUGGAGCUACCAAGGGAGCAACUCCUCAAUUGGAUCUUUCAGUGCAUAGGAGAACUUCAUGCUUCUUUGCCAGCCCUUAUUAAGUACUAGUUUCUUCUUUUGCGAAUGUGAUUUAGUUUCAUACUUGGGCUCUUGGUUCAUCUUAGACGGAGAGAAGUACAAGGAAGCAGACUCACCAUGGCUUCAACGUACUCCAUCCUCCUGUGUUGGUGAAGCUGGUGAUUGUUUAGAUAAAAAAAGAUGAUUAACAAACAACCUUACACGAACAAUCUGUAUAUUUGCAAGCCAUACAUGGCCGGAAAACCUAACCAGAAAAAGCUGACCAGUGUAUGAAGACACAGUAACAGACAAUCCUACUGGUUAUUAAGCUUCGUAUAACAAAUUACUUCUGAUGCGGGCACUAUAAAGGACGCUGGAAUCAAGUAUUAUAGUGGGAAAAGGACACAUUGACGUACUCUUGGCUAAUCAUAAUGUUUUUUUCAUCCGUUUUCCAGCCGGUAAAAUCUUAUGGCCUAAGAAUUAGGCUGACAUUGCCCGCAAUCUUGCAAGUUAAUGUUCAUAGGAUGUUGCGAAUCAGUAGAGGGUAUUCUUCCUUCGGCGCAAUUAGACAAAGCUUCACAAAACAGAAAAUUCAUGAAUAUCAUAAUAACCUACCGUAGUUUGACUAUUAGCACCUAGCCAUCAGCAAAUAACUUCGCUAGCUUAUUCUUUAUGUUCAUUUGUAUAGAUGUUUGGUAAUGGUAAGAUCAUAGUUGAUAGAUAUUUCAUUAGAUGCUUGAUUGUAUAAAUGGCGACGAAUUUGAGACAUUAAGGUUAUAUUAGCUAAAUAAGUCCAAAGGGAUAUUAUUGUAAUCAGCCAAGUCAGUUAUUUUGUACAUCUAUAUUGCAUGAAUAUGUUUGUCAUCCUCC